AUUUGGCAUGAUAUAAAUUGGAAAGACUAAACAAUGAGUUGGCUUGCUGAACUGCUGGAACAAAACAGUUCGGAUCCACGUGAACGUCUGGAACUUGGACAGCAAAUACUGUCGCAGUUACAAAUUUCCAGACUUUCAUCUGACUCAACUCUUCUCAAUGAUUUCUGCGAUUUAGUGGUACAGUGGUUAUCCGGCUCUAAUUAUAAGGUAGCUUUGCUUGCAGUAGAAAUUAUUGACGUAGCAAUUGAAGUAUCCGCGGAUGUAAUCUCACCCUAUUUAUUGGAUCGGGCUACAGCUCUGGUAGAACGUCUGGGCGAUUCAAAACAGAGUGUACGUGAAGCCAUGGUCCAACUUCUUGCUGCACUCGCAAAUACACCACAUUGCAGUCCUCAGGCUGUUCUUGAAAGAAUAUCAUUUGGAUUAAAUCAUCGUCAAUGGUUAGUACGUAUCGGUACUAUGCACGUGGUCAGAGUGGUACUUGAAAAUCGGAGGCGAUUCGUAGAACCACAAAUACAUCGAAUGAUCCCAUCCCUGUGUCACCUGAUGGUUGAUCCGAAUAUCGAUGUGAGAGAAGUAGCGGCAAGUACGUUGGUUGUUAUAUUCUGGCAUUUAGGGGAAAAUGUUUUGUCAAGUAUCCGGAAACGACAACUUAUACCGGAACCAAAAUUUCAAAUGUUAAUGGCACGUUUUAACGAAGCGCAAAUGAAUGGCAACUAUGCAUCUAGCAACACACCAACUACGUCACAGCGUAUUGGACGAUCCUCGCGACGACCACAACUGCCACAAAAACCUCAGUUAACUCCAAGAUCAAACCGGGGCAUGAUUGGCUCGCGUAAGGGACAGUUACUGGAGGAGCAAGAAAAUUCGACUUCAGUACCAGCAUGGCAACGAGCGAGCAGUGUACCAGCACAUAAAAGGCCGCUUAUUGUUUCUUCGAAGGGGUCUAGCAGUGCUGGUUCUGUAAGCGAUGAAGCUUUCCAGCGGGCGUUUACUGAGGUUCCAAAGUGUAACGUAUUUUCGUCCAAGCAACUAAGGGAUCAGAUCAGCGAUGCAUGUGCAGUUCUUGAGAACACAGAUUUAGAUUGGAGUCGUCGUAUGACUGCGCUAAAAACAUUGCGCGCAGUGAUUAUUGGCGGAGGCUUGGACUAUUCGGACUUCGCAGAAGAAGUACGUGAAGUGCAAGCAGGUUUACUCACCUCCGUUAAAGAUUUGCGGUCGCAGUUGUGUCGCGAAGCAUGCGUUACCAUUGCUUUUUACUGCGAAAGGUUGGGUCUUGUGAUGGUUAGCGUCAUAGAUGCACUGAUGCCAACGCUUAUUUCAUUAAUGCAGAACAGUGCCAAGGUAAUGGCAACAAGUGCGCAGCUUGCUUUACAGUACGUUAUUAAGCAUAUAUGCAGCGCCAGAUUACUUCCUCAUUUGCAGACUGCAAUGUCUUCGAAGUCAAAGGAGAUUAGAAGGAAUACGGCAUCAUUGUGUUUAAUGGCGUUAACUCUUUGGGACAGCAAAAUAGUAGAAAAGAACAUGAACAUUUUUUUGGAAUGUAUUAAGGCAAGCAUAAAUGAUGCUGAUCCAGAAACACGCAGAAUUGGUCGCGGGCUUUUCAUGCAACUAGAUCAGGAAUACAAGAAACAAGCUGAUAUGCUUUACAAAACUUUGGAUCCAUCAAGGCAGCGAACAUUGUCUGGCUUCGUAUCGCAAUCGUCUUCAUCACAAUCAAUUAUUUCUGAACGAGACACUUUACCUAUUUCACAACGAAAUGCUGCUUAUGUACUUCAUAAAGCAAGUCCCGCAUACUAUGCUGGACGUUCGACGUCAGAUAUAGAUCCUGGUGCAGUAAGGCGUGUUGCUCAUCGUUCUGUACGAACAGCUCCUAAGUGGGGUGGGCCUCUUCAGCAAGUAAAUGGGACCCCUUCAACGACCCAAAUGAGAACAACUGCUGCGCAACGUUUAUCUUCAGCAUCACAGAAGUUCGUUUCAUCGUUACGGCGUAUACCGCCGACACCAACGAAUUAUGUUAGAUCUCAGCCCGGUAGUCGAAGCACAUCACCAGCUUCUCGUUUCCCUGCACGUGUUCCUCCUCGAUCACAAGUGAGCAGCAGAACGAAAAUCCAGGUAGACGAAUCAGAAGACCACGCUUCUGUUAGCAGUGAUUCAUUUAGGUUUGAGACAAUGGAGUUAGCAACUGCACUUUCUUGCUGUGGCUCGUCGUCUACUACAGAGAAGAAGGAAGGCUUAAAAGCACUGUUCACUAUUAUUUCAAGUGAAAAACAGAUUAAUACAGUGGAUUUGAAAAAAAUUAUUGAACGUUUAAAUCCACUGAUUGGUGAAGGUGCUCAUAAACUUUUGCAACCUCUUGCCGAUACAUUGAUAGCUUUGAUACGUCGUUACCAUGAGGAGCUGAACGAUUGGUUGAAUUUGUUAAUACCAAAACUAGUAACGAAGUGUUCUACGGAUGUUCUGCCUAGUAAUCUGGAAAAAUAUCGAAUUAUGACGGAAAUUGUACGGACAAGUUUUGAUCCAGAAAAGCAAUUGCACGCUGUUUGCAAGUUUAUCCGUGAUCCGGUGCGAAAUAAUGUUAAUGUCAAGAUAAAGUAUGGAUUGCUGAUGUACUUGCAUGAUUUAAUGUGUGGCAUGGAUUCAGCUCCAUCGAUGAACCAAAGCGAAGUUCGACAAGCAGUUAGUAAAAUAUUCCAAUGGGUAGACGAUCCAAAAAACAUUUGUUUGAUGGCGAUCAGUGAAAAAAUCGUGUGUGAUAUGUUCCAUCUAAAUGCGAGUGAUUUCACUUCGAUGCUUGCUACUUUUCCAAAUGAUCUGAAAGAUCGGUUGCGAGCUAUUAUUCGUAAAAAUAGCUUUUGUUUAUCAGCUAGCAAUGGGAUCAACACAAACGAAGCACGUGCGGGUAUAUUAGAAACAACAGCACAGAUUAAUGAUUUUGUUGAUCGGCGAGCAGGUUUACCAAUGUCACCUUCUCGUGCAUCACCUCAGCUGAUAAAUGGUUUAGUUCGCAGCUCGUAUGAUGGUGUUCCAUUACGACGUUCAAGCAACGAGGAUCAGAGUGGAUCGUUAUCUGGUUAUAUCUUGGAUCCACAAGGUCUUGCAAAUGAUCCGGAACAACAGGAAGAGUUAAUAACCAAGAUAGGCGAGGAACUUUCGCUUCAUAACCAAAGAAGUGAAGAGCGGCAGAGGGCGAUGUUGGUACUGUCACAGAUCACGCGUGAUAAUUUAUUUUCCCUUUGGGAUAAGCAUUUUAAAAUGGUAUUUUUAUUGCUCAUUGAAACACUCAAGGAUAAUGAUGAAAAUAUCCGUCGAAUGGCAUUAAAACUUUUGAAGGAAAUUUGUUACGCACAAGCUUCUCGUUUCAAUGAAUUCGCGGAAAUGGCGCUGAUGCGUGUUCUCGAUGCUUGUACGGAUGAAUCGAAACUUGUGGUAACGGCAGCAGAAGAAUGUGGCGUUGUGUUGGCUACUCAUGUUUCAUCUGCAACAUGUCGGCGAGUGCUCCUUGCCAUUAUUAAAUCGGAUGUUGGCGAGCCGAAAAUUCAUAUUGCUAUCAAACUGUUAACAAAAGUGAUUGAGUCACUUAGUGCUACUGAGUUAGAGUUGAUCCUGGAUGAAGUGGCGCCACCAAUUGUUGACACCUAUAAUUAUGUGAGUAGUUCAAUUCGUAAAGAAAGCGUUGUAUGCUUGGUGGCAAUGAUUAUGCUUGUAGGAGAGGAACGCAUGGCACCAUAUUUGUCGGAACUUAAUAAAGGAAAACAGAAAUUGAUAGACGUUUAUGUGAAGCGUAUGAAAGGAAUAUUCGAAUGACGGGACUAAAAAAUUUGCGGUGUAUCUGUGCAUUGUGCUUGUGCUUUCUUCUGAUUGUCGUAGUGUUGCAAAGCAUUUUUAAAAGUUGUUGUUGAGUUGUUGAAAGCUGCUUGAAAAGCACUGCAAAACAGACUAUUCCUAUAAUUGAG